AGCUACUUCAAACGACAAUGGAUGCUUUAACAGAUUCGGGUUCAGACCCACUUCUCUCUGCAGCUCUUGGAUCUCCAAUUCAUCACGCAAUUCUUUCAAUGGAUGAUGAAGUCGAUGGAAAUUGUGAUGAUGUUGACGAUAUCUCACCAGAAAGUCAUCAUGACAAUCAUUUUAUUGAUUUUACCGAUGAUCUUGUUGUACAAACCGAGAGGAAUUUAAGCAAAAAAGGAAGAACUUCAAAUCGAAAUGCACGACAGGGAUAUGACAAUUAUGCGACGCUCACAAAUCUCCAGCCAUUACCCCCAAUAUCUACAGUAACUUCAAAAAGUACAAAAGUUCAGAGACCAUCUCCUUCUCCAAAUUUCUACUUUCCCACUUCAUCAAAUUCAAGUUAUGAUAUGAAAUAUGAAGAAGAGGAAGACGAUUGUGAAGGAAUAACUCAUUCAUCAUCUUCUCCAUCGGAUUUUAGUAAUCAUGGAACUGAUCUCAAUCAUCCAUUUUCUGCAUCUUCAUUCGAUUCAUUUGAUGUUACCACUGUAUCAACCACCGCUACUUCAACUAUUAUGAACUCAACCGAUAAGUUCAUUGCAAGAAUUCAAGAGGCUGAUAGUACAACAAAAUCGCCGAAAGGAACAUCUCCAGCAGCGUUAAUGCAUGGACACUGCGAAGAGGAUUUUGAUGAUGGAGAAGAGUUAAAUACUAAAGAAUUGGCUCUUCAAAUUGCUGCCGAACUGAAACGAUACUCCAUACCACAAGCAAUUUUCGCGGAAAGAGUUCUUUGCAGAUCACAAGGAACUUUAUCCGAUCUACUUCGCAAUCCAAAACCAUGGUCUAAGUUGAAAAGUGGCCGAGAAACAUUCAGACGGAUGGCUAAGUGGUUGGAGGAACCUGAGUUUCAAAGAAUGUCUGCGUUGAGAUUAGCUGCUUGUAAACGAAAAGAAGAGCAUACAACGCCCAAUUCACCACAGAUGGUUGUUCCUAAAAAGACACGUUUAGUAUUCUCAGAUAUUCAAAGAAGAACCCUUCAAGCAAUAUUCCGAGAAACAAAACGUCCAUCUCGUGAAAUGCAAAUUACAAUUUCUCAGCAAUUGAAUCUCGAUCCAACUACGGUUGCUAAUUUCUUCAUGAAUGCUAGAAGACGCGGACAUGAUUUGAAACAAGAAACAUCAGAAAGUGAAGAAAGAUCUGAAGAACCAAGUAUUCAUUUUGAACAUUCUGCAUCUUCAUCAUCCGCUUCUUCGAGUUCUUCAUCAUCGAUGCAAUUGGAUAAUUAUAUUUGUGAUAUAAAUACAAUCAAUAUACUUGAAGAGCCAUCGCCAGAGCCAAGAGAAAUUAAAUAUUCAAUGCAGCUUCUCGAAAACGAACUGGACUUCCCUGCGAACAUCUUGGAACCAUAAUCACCUAAUAAUCAUAUUUUAUUAAUAGUGUACCGAUUUCAACUUUCCAUUUGAUCUCAAAAUAAUUGAUUCAGAUCUAGUCAAUUCUCGAUCUCUCUGAUAAUUCCCUAAAGCUUUUUUGUCUUCUAGUUGAUUAGUUUUUUCCUCAUACUAUAUUUCGCCUUAAUACUUUAUAAUAACUGUAUUAUUCAACGAGUCAAAUAUCUGUUUUAAGAUCGAAAUGCAUUUUUUUCUUGAAAGAAUAUAAUUUUCAAUCUUAACAAUGACUUUUUCCUCAAUCACUUUGACCCAUUACACGUAAUUUUGACACAAAAACUUUUUCUCCGAAUUGUAAGAGACUUUCAAAUAAUCAAUUUAAUAUAAAUCGCCUUACAUUCUGGUUUUCCCAAAAAAAACUGUAAAUUUUCUUACCGAACCAUUUAACUAUGUAUAUUUAAAUUAAUAAGAUUUGUGGUAUUAAUAAAGUGUGCUUGAUUA